AUGGCGGAGAUGCGGCGGAGGUACAUAAGGUCCCACAGUUUCUCCCAGAAGGGCGACUCUACUGUUGUUGCUGCUGCUGUUCCCUCCUCAGCACCCACCGCAGCAAAAAGAGCAGCAACCGCAGCAAAACCUAUGAGGCUUGCUGCUGCAGAGGCAACAUGCUCUGGUAGCAGAAGUAUUAUCGUAUGGAGGUGGUUUCAGCAGCGGCAUUUCGAGCAGCAGUGCCUCAGUGGGUUGCUGUGGCUGCUGGCGGGUGCCACCGCUACCCUGGUGGGAUUUUGCACUUACGAGGCUUGGGAGGACCUAAGGGAGGCUCCCCUGGGCAUGAAGCUGUACACACUAACUUUGCCGUGUUGCUGGUGGGUGUUACUCUGCUGCUGCCUUUCGGUUUGCUUCGGAAUCGCCGCCAUUACAACCUCCCUAAAUGCACCAAGAUGCGUCAAGGCCAGACCCAAUGACAAGCAAAGCUCCUUCACUCCAGAUUCCUGGCUAGCAUACAGCGAGAAGCAAUCUUCCAGGGUGCACGAAGUCUUUGAGAAUGGCUUUUAUACUUCACUUGCCACUUUGGCUGCGUUCGCCUCGUAUGUGUAUGGGUUCCACAAAGACACACUCCUUCAACCGCCGAGUUGCGGGUUUCGUGAAAAUAGCUAUUUACCUGUGCAAAAGCUACUGUUGAAUGGCGGCCGCUCCUCAAGUCCCGCAAGACGCCGAAGGGCCACCCCUUAUAGUAGGAAGAGGAGAGCCCGCUCCCCCCGCGCGGCAGCAAUGCCAGGAAUUAGUCUAAAUCAGGGAGAGAUAAACUUAGAUGCAUCCCGAGCACCUGGUAGCAGCAGCGACAGCACAGAUUUUUUUGCUUCUGACGAGCAACAAUUUUCCUACAGUAGUCCGGAAGACCCUGCAGAGCAGCCUUUGCUGCUGGGUGAAGGCCCCCUCACGAAGCAACUGAUUCCAAGGCCUUCUCUUGACACUGCAGAGAACCAUCUCUCAGACACCAAAACUCUGGCAGCAAAAGCCCAAUCAGCCCCCUUAAGCAAACUUCAAGCAGAAGCAAAAGGAAGUGACUGGACCCUCUUGGACUACUCAUGUGGUAAGAGCUUCUGCAUUUUUGCUGCGGCAAGGGCCGCUCAUCUCGCUGCUGGAUGUUGUGGUGGCGCCUGGGUAGCUCGAAAGGGCAAACAGAGCGCCUUGCGUUCCGUGUGCUCUAAGAGUGUCGCUACAUCCCUCCUGCUGGUCAGGGGAGAUCUGAUCUCAGUUCAAAAGGCCCUGAUUCGGCAGCUUCCUGUGGCUGGUUGCAGCAGAGGCUCUAUGAGCAACACCAGCCACAGCAGUGCGUUUGUUAGGGAAACGUGCUGCAGUGUGCCCGAGAUUCUGCGGGAGGGUGUCAGGCGGCAAGCCGGGGAGCAACUGAGAACCUUCACUGGAUAA